AACCGAUGAAACCUCAAAUAGUGUCAUGUGACGAAGAGAUGUGCUACUCGCACUCUAACUUAGAUGUGGCCCUUGUAUGGAGAGCAAUAUAGCUGGUCUAUAUGACUUGGAUAAAGUUUUAGGUAAAGGGCACUAUGGAAUAGUGCGACUAGCGCGCCAUGUCUUCUCAGGGCAAAUGGUCGCUGUCAAGGUGAUAGACAAGACCAAGCUAGACCAGCGCGAGACAGACCAUCUGCUGAAGGAGGUACAAUGUAUGAAGCUAGUGCGGCAUCCCAACGUGGUAAGGUUAUAUCACGUGAUCACCACAAAGAACAAACUGUAUCUGGUCCUGGAGCUGGGCAGUGGAGGUGACCUCCUGGACUACCUCAAUAAAAUGCCGGACGGGAUCGGCGAGGAACGGACGCGGGAAUACUUUGGUCAGAUCAUACGUGCUAUCGCUUACUGCCAUCAUCUACACAUCGUUCACAGAGAUCUCAAACCCGAGAAUAUCAUAUUCAAUGAGGAUUACUCCGUACUCAAACUUACGGACUUUGGUUUUAGUAACGAGUUUUCGCCCGGUGAGAAGCUGAUGACGUACUGUGGAUCUUGGAAAUACUCCGCCCCGGAGAUCCUGCUCCAGGAAGAGUAUGAUCCGCCAGCUGUAGAUGUGUGGUCCCUGGGUGUCAUGCUUUUCCAGAUGGUGGCUGGCAGACUGCCCUUCUCAGAGGUUAACCAGAGUGAGACUCUCACCAAGAUAAUGGACGGGAGCUACGAAAUGCCUGACGAGAUUUCAGAUGACCUCAAAGAUUUGUUAUCCCGGAUGAUAGUGGUUGACCCAAAGGACCGGAUCACGGUGGACGAGGUGCUGGCUCACCCCUGGUGCUCCAAAGUUAAAAUAGGUGGACCUAUCAACGGGCUCGUUCAUGAGGUCGGUAUAACUCCAGAAGAACACGAAAAAGUGGCUAAAAUUCUAUCUGAUAACAAGAUAGCAACUCGAGAGCUUCUGAAGAAAUCGAUAGAUGCCAAUAGUUACGAUUAUAUCUCGGCUACAUACCUACUUCUAGCGGAACAGUUGAAACAGAAGAGGAUAAAAGAGGUGGUACAUCAGAUGGUGCCGGCUGUAGAGAGCAUCAGUAUAACUGACAAACGGCGUGGCAGUAUGCCAGAAGCUAACGUUGAUUUGCUCAACGACAUCCGAACAAGGAGGAGAGACACCGUGGGGGGACCUUUGAACAGUCCCCGUAAUAAAAGGGAAAACACACCCAUCCCUGCAAUGCAGUCACCUUCAUUGCUAUCGUGUAGCAAUGCUUGUAUCAGUUUCUUUUUAGAGUUGUGCGAAACGGGCAAAGGGCGCUGGCGAGGUAGGGAUAUACCCGAGAGUACCCGAGGGGAAACCACCGCCGACACAACCGCCGACACAACCACCUCGACAGCUUCUCCUAAAACAGUAACCGCAGUGGCUCCCACCCCCGAAGUGGCAGCUGCCCCCGCGACCACCUCCUCAAGUUCUAGGAGAAAACAAAACAAACACCACUACAGACUGGGGAGUCUCCGAACCAGUGUGUUGAUGAGACGUAAAAGGAAUACAGGGCCCCAUCUGAUGCAGGGGCUGAUGGAGAGGAGUUUUAAACACGUGGCUAGUAUUGCUCUCCCUGUCAGGGACAAGGAUUAUAAGUUACUGAUCAGAGGGAGCAGCUGCAGCGGCUCAGAGGAGGAACCCUCCAAAUCUCCAACUCUCGGCGGCGACAAAUUCCUGCGUGACGAGGACACCUUCUUUACGGGAAAGAUGAAAGCGUCACCGAAGCGAACAUCACGUCGAACUAUUGCUUCGUUAAACAUCCACGCAAUAGGGUCGUCUUCAGAUGACAGUGAGGACGAGGACACCAACUCUAAUGGUGGCAUAUUCGACUCAGUGCCGCGCUCUAAGACUCUUACCAGUAUCGACUGUAGGUUGUUCCGACGACCGACCCCUCCCUCUGGAGGACUUGUGAACAUAGAAGAGGAGGAGGGUCCAGCAGACGAGGUUUAUCUAGCUGCUAGCAAGUCUCAACCCAGUACUCUUAAGAAGAAGAGACAUUCCCCCCUCACUGUAUCUACUUCGCUGGAAUCAGGAAAUAACUCGCUGACGUUUCCAGAAGAGGCGAGUGACAUGGUGUCCCCUCUGGCGACUCCUCUAUGUGUUCAAAGGAAGAAGGAGACGGGCAAGGAUGGUUCUAACCACUCAUCUUUCUCAUCCUCUGUUGAACUUAGUUCGGACGAUUCUGAAUUGGAUUUAGCAAAACGGAAGAAACUUUCUGGGCUAUCAAAACGAGAUCGAAGCGCAGCUAAGAAAAGCCCAAGCAGCAACAUGCUGGCUCUAGUCCAAGAGAAACUCCGUCACCUGGAAGCGAACUAUAACCUGACGGAGAGGGAACCAGAACUCACAUCUCCAACAUCUCCAAGCAGCGUGCUGCCAAACAUAGCCGAGUACACAAACGAACACACUGUCAAAUACAUCAGACAUCCUGUUUACUGGAGUAUUGAGGACAUUGAGCGACACACAGAUAACAUAGAGUCCAAUGGGAACGCGCGGUGUGAUAACGCACCUGAGUUCCAGAGACUCACCUCGGACGAUGGUCUACCUAUUGAGAUGUUUGGAAGUGUUAAGAGCACUAUCUGCAGUGUCAUGUGAUGUGUGUCCUGGUCACGUGGUAUGCUUAUAAUACCGUAGUUUCUGGAUAUUUAUUGUACAUUGCUACAGGGUUUAUAUUGAUUCUCUGUAUAUCACGUAAAAUGUAGAUGUCUUGGGGCCCUUAACAAAGUUUUUUUAUGAACUCACUGUAUUCACAUGGCUCUGUGGCUUGCCAUUGUUUUAUUUUAUCAUUCUCCGAAUAAAUAAUAAAAGUUAAAUAAGCAUUUACAAGCUAUGUUUAUUCAACAUUGAUGUGUUAUUUAUCGUUGACAAUUUUAGCAAUGGUAUAAUUUUCAGGAUUUCUGUCUCUGAACUUAUCCGAGUUGAAAGAGUUAUCGCUAUAUUGAAUUAGUGGAGCACUAGUUAAAUUGUUUAAAUGGUCCGGAACGACACACCCAUAUCAGUGUUAAUUAUUUUUAUUGUUUUUUUGUUUUCGUUUAGCAAAUAUUAUUUUAGAUGCAAGCUCUCCAUUGCAUACUAUAAAUUGCACUUGUACAUUAUUAUACGAUGUAUACAAAUUUUGCUUGCUUUAUAAAUGAGAACGGUGUGCCAAUUUAUUUGCCUGUUUCCCAUCUGGGGGAGUUGUUUCGUCGACCCUAACCAUGUUAUUAUCAAAAUUUCGGGCAACAAUUUUAGCUAUGAAUUUCCGCCAUUUUGCAAUUCAUGGCGACAAAUUUAGAGAUGGUUCGGUAACUAGUCAGCUAAUUUUGCCACUUAUAAAAAAAUUGGUGAGAUUAAUUUCCGACUUUUUCUGCCGCUUUAUUCCAAAAAUACCCAAAAGUCGAUUCCGGAAAUGGCGAUGACACUCUCCCAUCUGUCAAAUAUGCGGCAUAGCUACACAUAUUACACAUAUUUCUGUACGCUGUACACUUAAGAGUACACCAAAUGUGUUUGUAUUAUAUAUUGGGUUCCUUUUUAAGCUUUCAAAUCAUAAAAAGAAAUGAUAUACAAGGUGCAUUCUCUUUUAUAUAUACAUUUCGCUAUAGUUAACUGCACCAUUUUCCAAAUUGAUUAAUUUUGAUAAAUCUAUAGGCUUUGAUUUGCUCAAUUUUAUCAAUUUAGGCGAAGAUAAGCGAAUAUAAAAGAUAUGAAGCUCGUGGGUGCCAAUUUUUAUCCUCUUUCCAAUCUUAAAAGAUUUCCGAAUUUCAAUCAAUCAAAAAAUGGAAUUGAUUUGUAUCUACCUUACAUUUAGACAAUGAAAUGAUAUGUAUAAAGUGGUGAAUAACACUUUUAAUAUUAUUUGUUAUAUUAAUUAAUGUAGAAAAUGAAUGUUCCAUUAUCGAAACAGUUAGAGAUAAGACGCUAUGUUUGUUUGGAUUAACUUUAAUACUCGGAAUGGAUUAA